UGCCAUCUUGGUUUUUAUAAAACAUUGUAAAUGAAUGAAAGGCGAGAGCGGGAAAGUAUGUGGCUGCCUACGAGCUCUAGAGUGAUAAUUAUAUAUAGAUAUCGGCUAUCUACGGCUGUAUGGUGAUAAUUAUAUACAGACAUCGGCUAUCUACGGCUGUAUGGUGAUAAUUAUAUAUAUUGUAGCUAUCUACCAGCUGUAUAGUGACAAUUAUAUAAUGUUGUUGUUGACUGUCUAUGGUCUUGGAGUAUAGCGUACCAUCUCAUUUUUAUUUAUAUUGUGUCUUGUAGGACUUCAACUUGUGAUCUGUAAUUGUCUAUUUGUUAUUCUAUCCUAUAAAGUACUUUGAUUUGCCGUAAAUUACUCAUCUCAACCUGGUGUUUGUCGAGAUUUAGCCACAAAAAUUCUGUCUUCGUUUGUUUAAAAUUCUUAUUACUAAAGUAUUAUAAUCGAUGUUGCGUUGUACUCCAAGAUCCCCCAAACAAAUAUAAGAAGAACCUUGUUUUCAGGUCAGAAGUUGGUGGCGUUAAGAGAGGGAUUUACUUGCAGAUGUCUUCAUGAAAAGGAAGAAUAAAACUGUAAUUUAACUUUGAAGCCUCGUUGUUGAAAGAAUGUUUCUGAAAGUAGGUAAACAUUAUAAAUGUGAAAUUUGUGGGAAAAUACUUACAAACUGUAAAUUAUCUAUUCAUAAGUGGACUCAUACAGGGGAAAAAGAAUUCAAAUGUGAAAUAUGUGGGAAAGAAUUCUCGGCAAAAGCUUAUUUAAUAGUACACGAACGUAUUCAUACUGGAGAGAAGCCAUACCAAUGUGAAAUAUGUGGGAAAGCAUUUUCUGCAAAAGCUUAUUUACCACUGCAUGAACGAACUCACACUGGAGAGAAACCAUACCACUGCAAAAUAUGUGGAAAACCAUUUUCUGCAAAAUCUGGUUUAAUGGCCCACAAACGGACUCACACUGGGGAGAAGCCACACUAUUGUGAAAUUUGUGGCAAAACAUUUUCUCGAAUCUGUAAUUUAACAAGACAUAAACAUACCCACACUGGGAAGAAGCCAUAUAAAUGUGAUGAUUGUGGGAAAGUUUUUUCUUAUCAGAGUGACUUACGCUAUCACGAAGGGGUACACUCGAAACCAUACCACUGUGAAAUAUGCGGGAAAUCCUAUGCUGUAAAAUCUUCUCUAACAGUUCACAAACGUACUCACACUGGAGAGAAACCUUAUCACUGUGAAGUAUGUGGGAAAAAAUGUCCAAGUAGUGGCUCCUUGUUAAGACAUAAACGUGUUCACACUGGGGAAAAACGACACCGCUGUGAAAUCUGUGGCAAAGCAUUCCCUGAAAAAUACAUUUUAACAAUACAUAAACGUAUUCAUACAGGUGAGACUCCUUUUCACUGUGAAGUUUGUGGAAAAGAAUUUUCAGAUAAAAGCAGUUUAAGAGUACAUAAACGUAUUCAUACUGGGGAGAAGCCACACCACUGUGAAAUCUGUGGUCAGACAUUUUCUCAAAAUGGUCCUUUAACCAGACACAAACGUACACACACUGGAGAGAAACCCUACACCUGUGAAAUCUGUGGCAAAGAGUUUUCACAUAAGAACACCUUAAGAGAACAUACACGUAUUCACUUUGGGAAAAAACAAUACAGCUGUGAUAUUUGUGGGAAAUCAUUUGUUUGCAGGGGUUAUUUAUCUAAGCAUAAGCGUAAGAUUCAUGAUGGAGAGAAAAUUUAACGUUGAGGUUUGUGAGGAAACAUUUUCUAUAAAUCACCAUUUAUCAUAUAAAUUUAUUCGCACUAUUAAAACCAUACAGUUAUAAUAUUUUUGAUAAAUCAUUUAUAUAUUCGGGAAAUAAAUAGAAAAAAAGAAAUAUAUUUACAAUGUAUUCUUUUGUUUGUUUUACUUGUAAAGCAUCAUCAUUGUUUUAACUUCAAUAUUAACAUCCGACUUGGAUGGAAAAGUUUCCUUUAGUGCUUAUGGUAGAAUUGGUGAAGUUUUUUGAUUAACCUAAUUUUGGUUCUAUAUUUAAGAGAUGAGGAAUUAUUUACAUUAUUUACAUUUGAUGGAUAUUUGACCUCCUCUUGUUUGUUGUUAACACAACGUUUCGGCAGAUAUACCCUCCAGCCUUCAUCAGGUAUCUUGGGCAUAUGACAUAGUGGUUAAGAAGGUGGGCUACUAACCCCAAGAUUCCGAGUUUGACUCCAGGCAGUGACCUGAAUAAUAAUAACAACAUCGAAAAAUACCUUAGGAAUGAGAAUCCAGGUUCAAAAUUUCCCCAAGACACCUGAUGAAGGCUGGAGGGUAUAUCAGCUGAAACGCGUUAACGACAAACAAGAUGAGGACAAAUAUCCAUCAAAUGUAAAUAAUUAACCUAAUUUUGGUAAAAGUUCGUUCACUCACCAAUUAACAGUCUUGAAAUCUUCACACAUCAUAGAAACCUGGAAAAUAUCUACAUGACAAUAUGCCAGUGCCACCUGACUGGCUCCCUUGCCAGGAGCAUGUAAAAAGCACCCACUACACUCUUAGAGUGAUUGGCAUUAGGAAGGGCAUCCAGCUGUAGAAACUCUGCCAGAUCAGAUUGGAGCAUGAACCAUGUUGUUGGGAAGCAAGCUUCUUACCACACAGCCACGCCUGCGCCUGUUUAGUGUACUUUACAAUAGAAACUUGCACUUGUUCCCCUUGCUGUUUCUUGAAUGUUGUUCAAUUCAUUCACCUGUUGUGUAUAUAUAAAAGCAAAAGCUCCAAGUGAGAUUAAUACCAAUAUUACUAUGGUAAUUAGUAACACACAUCCUACCAAGUCUUGAUGUUCACCAAUAACUAUUAAACAACCCUAACACCACUAAAAGAACUACAUAAAAACUUCUAAGUUAAUUCAGUUCCCAAACACUUUUGGGCUGCCACCCCCUUGACGCCCAGGCCACAUUCCUAGCUCCCCCACCCCAACUAACCACCAUAAACAUAGACCUCUUUCUGAAGCAAAUUCAAAGCAAAUGUAUUUCA